AUGAUUAGCUCUAUCACAGAUUUACUAGCAGAGUUGAAGGACACCAUCGUACCAACAGUUGCAAAAGCUGAAGAUGACAUAGAAGAAACCGAAGCUGGAGAUGACGAAGGUGAAGACGAGGACGAAGACGACAAUGAAGACGAGGACGAAGAUGAUGAAGACGAGGAAGCUACUGAUCAAUUAGAUACCUUAAAAGAAGAAUGUCAAAACACACCAGAGGGUAAAACACUUGUUCAUCAUCUACAAGAGUGUAGUGAGAGAGUCCUAAAGGCCUCUCAAGAGCCAGGCUACGAAGAACAAGAACAUAAGGAAGAUUGUGUCGAGGAAUUCUUCCACCUGCAACACUAUUUGGACAGUUGUGCAGCUCCUAGAUUGUUCAACCAGCUGAAGUGA